GACCGGAACACCCGGAACGAAGGGCAAUCCGCAACACUUCCUGUCCGGAUCAGCAGUGAUGCACAAUAAAAAAUGGCGGCCAACAUAGAGGAAAUCUUUCAAGAUUUUAUAUUGAAUAAAAUCAGAGAAAUUGAGGACCAGAAUGAAGACACACCCGCUGGUGAAGGAGUGGGAGCUGGUAGUGACAAGCAUGGAGCGGACAAGGCUCCUUCAGAGAAAGAAAGAGACGUCAGGCGCAGCAGCUCACAGAAGAAACACAAGAAGAAGAAAAAGCAUAAAAGCAAGAAGAAGAAAAGGAACAAAGACAAGGAGAGCAGCUCAGAGUCCGGCCCAGAGCAGGAGGGAGGAAGCAGACAUCAGACGAGAAAAAUCACACCACCAGAGGCAAAGAAGGAGCAAAGUAAGCAAAGUAGGGAUAAGGAAAGUAAGUCCAAAAGUCAUAAGCGGCAUUCAACUGAAAAAAGGAGGAAGAAGAAAAAAAGGAGGAAAGACGACUCAUCAGGCUCAGACUCAGAGUAUGUGUCAAAGCAGAAGGAGGGCAAAUGUGUACAAAGCUCAUCACCAAGGAGACGAGAGGAGCUGCCGGAUAUCAUCCCAAAACAGGACAGCUCCAGUAAGGCAAGAGGAGACGAGGAAAGACAUGGCAGCAGGAGUUGUCGUUCCCGCUCCCGUUCCCAUAAUCGUUUCCACGUACAUUCAUCCUCUGUGAGGACGAGAUCUCGCUCUCGCUCCAGAAGCUCCUCCCAAAAAAGAAGAGCACUCGAGAAAACCAAACGGUCUAAUCAAGGUCCCGUAGAAAGCCCUCAGCCACCCCAGCUCGCUUCCAGUUCUACCGGAAUAAACCACAAAGAGGAGCCGAGAGACUCAAGCACAAUGUUACUGCCGCUUCCCAACCAGUGUGUGAAGUCAGCAAAGAAAGAAGAAGAGAAUUCAAAGGACACAACCACACAGCAAAAACAAGGUUGCACCACCUGCCAGUCCAUGCUGAACCAGUCCACAUCUGACCCCAGUCACACCACUGAGUCCAGCUCCCCUCAGCUCAGAGCAUCAAGCACACAUCAACAGCACAGUUCCUCUGCAGCCAAGGUGAAAUCACCAGCGAAGAAGAGGGGGAAGUCAUCCAAGUCUCCCCAGAGGAGCAAGGACGGAAGGUCAUUAAAGAGGCAUAAACGUUCCAAGUCUCCGUGUACCAGCCCCAGGAAGCGAUCCGGAUCCAGGAGCAGUUCAAGGAAAAGGAGAUCACGGUCUAGGUCAAGGGGCCGAAGGUCACGGAGGUCGCGAUCGCGUUCGCGAUCCGCAUCGCGUAGUCGGAGAAGGGCGACAUACAGCCAGAGGGACCGCUGGAAACGAGAGCCAAGUCACUCCCCCGUGCUCAUCCUCCGCAAAAAUAGAUCCCCCACCCGUAAACACUGCAGCUCAAGCAACAGCCCUCAGCGCAUCAGCGAACUGGAUAAAGAGCAGUUGUUGGAGAUCGCUAAGGCCAAUGCAGCUGCCAUGUGUGCCAAAGCGGGUAUGCCCAUCCCUGCCGCUCUGAGGACCACGGUGCUGCCUCUGGCUCUGCCCAGUAUGGCCAUGAACGCUGCGGUGGCCAGUAUGACUGCUGCCACGAUGACGGCUGCCUUAUCGAACAUGAGUGCUCUGUCGUCACUGCUCCCACUGCCAUCCAUUACCAACAAGCCUCCACCUGCUCCCUCCCAGCCCAACAGUGUUUCUCUGGAGGAGCUGAAGAGGAAAGUAGCAAAGCAGGCCAACAGCAUCAGCAUAAAGGAGUUCACUGACAAAUGUAAGAUGAUUGUGGACAGUAAAGGAGAGCUGCCCGUGGCCCUGCCUCAUGUUUCAGACGAAGAGGACGACGGGAAGCCGUUCGGAGGAUCAGCUCUGAAGGAGCAAAAAGCCAUCAGCUUCAGUAUCAAUGUAACAGACCGCACUAACACGUCAGUGCGUCCAGCAGUGCGCAGCGAUGCAGGCAUGGCCAAGGAGUUUCCUGUGUCUUCUGGAUGCCAACAUCGUAAAAAGGAGGGCGAGCUCUUGGGGGCCUAUGGUGAAUGGGUCCCGGUUGAUAAAGCAGAGAAACCUCCAUCAAGCUCCAAAGCUUCUCUGACCUCUGGUGCCUCAGCAAAGGCCACCUCCACAUCAGGCGAAACGUUGCCGGAGGUCGGCGAGCAGCCGGCGGUUGUGGGGGACAACGACAGCGUGUUUCCAGACCCGCCGCAGCAGCCAGUAGAUAUCUCUCAGGCUGUGACUGAGCGGAUCAAAGCUCAGAGGAGACUGGCUGAAAACCCCUACGAUGUCAGUGCUAUCUGCAUGCUGAGCCGGGCGCAGGAGCAGGUGGACGCGUGGGCCCAGUCCAACACUGUCCCUGGCCUCUUCACUGGUUCAACUGGAGCCCAGGUUCUCAGCUCAGAGGAGCUCUCCAACAGUGGACCUCAAGCCUGGUUGAAGAAAGACCAGUUCCUCAGAGCGGCUCCGGUGUCAGGAGGUGUCGGGGAGUUCCUGAUGAGAAAGAUGGGCUGGAGGACGGGAGAGGGCCUGGGGAGGAACCGCGAGGGUACCAUCGAGCCCAUCAUCAUCGACUUCAAGGUUGACCGCAAAGGUCUAGUUGCUGAAGGAGAGAAGCCACAGAAGCAGACAGGAGGAUUGGUGGUAACCAAGGAUCUAAUGGGAAAACACCCAGUGUCUGCCCUCAUUGAGUUGUGUAACAAGAGACGAAUAAUGCAACCGGACUUCGUCAUGGUGCAUCACAGCGGCCCUGACCACCGCAAGAAUUUCCUCUUCAAGGUUACAGUGAAUGGCAUCGACUACCAGCCGCAGACAGCAAGUCCCAAUAAGAAACACGCCAAGGCCAUGGCAGCUACCGUUGCCCUGCAGGCUCUGGGAGAGGUUCCUGCUGAUGGACCAGGACUCUACACUGGCCCCGUCUUCACUGCUGCUUCCACUGGGCCCCUGUUCUCCACAUAGGAUUACAAAUCUAGUGUUUAUGUUUUCCACCCAACAGCCACAUCCAAGUUCUGAGAACUGAAAGCGGAGCCUCCACAGAGAACGCACUGUGAAGCAUGUAGAGCGUCUUUGACUCAAAGCUACUAAUGACCAAUUUUCUACUGUACCUGUAACAUUCUCUUGUUUAAUCGUUAAUGGUGUUUAUGACACGUUUGCAAAUAUAUUUUGCCAGUGUUUUGGGGGAAGAGCCCAUCCUGUGUUAAAAGUAAAUGGCAUGUAUGUACAGUACAGUGACCUGUGUGAUAUAGUAGCAUUUCAGUGUGCUAUAUAUUAACUGAUUUACAUUUUGGCACAAAACAGCAGAACAAAGCUUUCAAAGCUGUAGCCUGACUACAUGUUACAGUUACAGAAAGUGACUGUUGUGAUGGUUAUGAGCUUUUCUCUUAGUGCUGAUAUCACAUUAAUUGUUUCUAACCAAGUGUUUCCUUAAAGCGAUGCUGCUGGUGGAACCUUCGUUCUUAAAUGUGUAAAGACAAAAUAAAGAAUAUAUUUAUG